GACGUGGAUCAGACAUCUCGUUGUCAGCGUCAGUCAAUCGCAUUUCUGGAUCCCGUACUCCGCCCUUUUUUUUAAAAAAAAAAUUACAUCCCUCUCCCACAAGGGCCUUGGCAAACAUACUCUCGCUCCCUAAUUCUCCGUCCUCUGCGGCGCCGGUUUCCCGACCGCCGUGCCCUACAUACGAUGACCAGACUCCACUAUUCCCCAUAACAGCCUAGCGGUCAGAUCACCGCUCUCCCGCUUCACUAUAAACUGUCUAUUAAAAAAAAAAGAUCUCUUCUUUUGAGAACUCUCUUAUUGCAAUCUCGAUCUAGGGUUUUCUGAGGGGUUUUUUUUCCUGUGAGAUGAGAUUGAUCAUGGGAGUUCACAUUGGACGGCGGAUCUUUUUGCGAGUAGGAUCGCUGAAGUGGUCGUCGUUGAGAAGAAACCAGGAUCUGGUACUCGACAGUCCAUGAAGCAAUUCAGCUAAUGCUUAUGGGAUUUUCCUAGGUACUUGUUGAAUACAUUUCCACUGUCCGAAGACUUUUUGGAAGUUUUUCUAUUUAGAAAGAGUAGAUGUGAUAAAUAUGCAAAUAAAAGGAGCCACUUCUGAUGGUUUUGGAGUCAGCGUGUCUAGUGCUAUUAGUGCAUCUAGUUAUGGUUCUGCACAGGAUGAUAAUGAUGCAUUUGGAGAUGUGUACAUGUGGGGGGAGAUCGUGUGUGAUAAUUCUGCCAAGGCUACUAUGGAUAGUAGUAAUGUAAACCCUUUCAGUGCAAGAGCCGAUAUUCUACUGCCCAAGCCAUUGGACUCCAACGUGGUUUUAGACAUUAAUCAUGUGUCCUGUGGGGUCAAACAUGCUGCCCUACUUACUAGACAAGGUGAAGUGUUUACAUGGGGUGAAGAAUCUGGCGGACGCCUUGGCCAUGGAGUUGGAAGACAUGCUGUUCAUCCUUGUCUUGUUGAGUCCUUAUCAGCUUGUAGUAUUGAUUUUGUUGCUUGUGGAGAGUUUCAUACUUGUGCUGUUUCUGUUGCCGGUGAACUGUAUACUUGGGGAGAUGGUACACAUAAUGCAGGGUUGCUUGGCCAUGGUACUGAUGCCAGUCACUGGAUACCUAAAAGAGUUUCAGGACCUCUGGAGGGGCUCCAAGUUGCUUAUGUUACAUGUGGAACAUGGCAUACGGCCUUGAUAACCUCGGCUGGACAGUUUUUCACAUUUGGUGAUGGAACAUUUGGUGUGUUGGGUCAUGGAAACAGAGAGAGCGUUUUUUACCCAAGAGAGGUGGAAACUUUGAUGGGAUUGAAGACAAUUGCUGUUGCCUGUGGAGUUUGGCAUACUGCUGCUGUGGUAGAGGUUAUCGUGACACAAUCUAGUGGUUUAUCUGGAAAAUUUUUCACUUGGGGUGAUGGAGACAAAUACCGCCUUGGUCAUGGCGAUAAGGAACCGCGUCUUAAGCCCACUUGUGUGCCAUCCCUAAUAGAUUAUAAUUUUCACAAGCUGGCAUGUGGUCAUAGCUUAACAAUUGGGUUGACUACCUCAGGGCAUAUCUUUACAAUGGGAAGUACUGUCUAUGGUCAGCUUGGCAAUCCCCUUUCAGAUGGAAAGCUUCCAUGCCUAGUUGAAGAUAAACUCUCUACCGAAUCUGUAAAGGAUGUUGCUUGUGGUUCAUACCAUGUUGCCAUAUUGACAACCAGGGGUGAGGUUUACACAUGGGGUAAGGGAGCCAAUGGACGAUUGGGCCAUGGAGACCUCGAAGAUCGUAAAAUACCCACACUUGUUGAAAAUUUAAAGGACAGAUCCGUAAAAAGCAUUGCCUGUGGCUCUAAUUUCACAGCAGCCAUAUGCCAACAUAAAUGGGUAUCAGGUGCAGAACAGUCUCAAUGCUCAGCUUGUAGACAAGCAUUUGGAUUUACUCGAAAGAGGCACAAUUGCUAUAAUUGUGGACUUGUACACUGUCAUUCAUGUAGUUCAAGAAAGGCUUUGAGAGCUGCACUGUCGCCAAAUCCUGGAAGACCAUAUCGUGUAUGUGAUUCCUGUUUUCUGAAACUUUCUAAAGCUUUAGAAACAAGUGGAAGUAAUGAGAGGAGAAAUGUAUCUCGCUUGUCGGGUGAAAGCAAGGACAGGUUCGAUAAGGCAGAGACGAAAAUGACUAGGAGUACUUUGCCUGGAAAUUUGAAUUUGAACAAGAAUUUGGAUACUAAGCCAGCCAAACAAGGCAGAAGAUCUGAUUCUUUGUCUUCGAUUCCAACCCAUGUUGAUCUUUACCAGGCAUUUCCUAGACCUGUCACCACAUCAGCAAUUCAAUCUGCAAAUCAUUCCAGAACUUCUUCACCAUUCUCAAGAAAAAAUAGCCCUCCACGAUCUGCAACACCUAUUCCGACCAUGUCCGGCCUUACUUUCUCCAAAACCGCUACUGACAGCUUGAAGAAAACCAAUGAUCUCUUGGGUCAAGAACUUCAGAAGUUACGUAAACAGGUUGACAUUCUUACGCAACGAUGUGAACUACAAGAAUUUGAAGUAGAGAAGUCAGCAAAAAAAGCUGAAGAUGCCAUCCAACUUGCUGCUGACGAAUCUGCCAAGUCCAUAGCUGCUAAAGAAGUUAUAAAAACCCUAACUGCCCAGCUUAAAGAUAUGGCUGAGAAUCUGCCCCAUAGAGCGUAUGCCCCUGAUUCUAUAAGACCAAGGUAUCUAAAUAUUGCCACCGAGCCUCUAGCCAAUCAUCACUUGGAUCUGAGAAAAGAGAAUCAGAGAAAUGAGGCAAGUAAUGGACAAGACAUACCACCAGUAAUAGCUGCCAUUACAGGUGUAAAUCUUUUGUAUAGAGAAACCCGUGAAGAUAAUGAUAUGUACACAGUUAGCCAAACACUUACCAAUUCCAAUUCAAUGAAUGAAGAUUAUAAUGUGGAGCAUAGUAGCAAGAGAGACACUCCAACAUCUGCCAAAAUGCAGCAAUUUAAUGCCAAGGAAGCCAGGCCCUUGCAAAACGGUAACAACAGUUUCAGGUCUAGAUUGCCCACUACAGCUACUACUCAAAUGGAGGCAGAAUGGAUAGAACAAUAUGAACCUGGUAUAUACAUCACUCUUAUGGCACUGCAUGAUAGGACCAGGGAACUGAAGAGGGUUAGAUUCAGUCGGAGGCGAUUUGCGGAGCAGCAAGCUGAAACUUGGUGGACUGAGAACCGUGAGAAGGUGUAUGAGAAGUACAAUGUUCGAGUGUCUGAAAGAACAAACUCAUCUGGAGUUCCCAGAUCACCAUGAUAGUUUGCAACAGGGAGAGAAUUUUUUGCCAUUUUUCACCCAGUCUCUAUUGGCGCUGCCAAGAUGAGUUCUAUAGAAACAUGAUAUCUUAAAGUCAGUAAGCACUGAUUCCAGAUAAUAGUUCUUUGGGACAGUGAAUGUUGGAGUAUUAUCUAAAGGCAAUCUGGAGAUCUUCAGUAAGCAAUGCUGUACUCUGUAUAGUAUAAUGUGUUCCCUUUAUUUAUACUUUCUUGUCUCUGUAUCUGCUUCUACAUGUUGUAUUUUGUAUAUAAACUACUAGACAUAAAAUAGUAUGGGACAGAAAAAAGAACCUUCUAGACAUUAAUUUCUUGUUUACCUCUUGAUCAUUCUGUUGUACAAUAUACAUAUAUAAUCUUUUAUCAUCA